AUGGAAGCCACGGGAUUUACACGCGGAAGGACAGGGUGUGUGGCAUCGUCCUCGGUCUUUGAGUCUCCGGUGGAGAGGAGGGAGCAGAUGGCGAAGGAGUGUAGUCCGUCGUCUUCGACGACGUCUUCUACGUCGUCGAUCGGGAAAAAUAGUGAUCUGUCGGAAGGUGGAGAAGAUGGGUUGGAGGAAAAUGAGGUGCAAAGUGCAUAUAAAGGGACUCUUGAUUCUAUGGAGGCAUUAGAGGAGGUUUUGCCUAUAAGGAAAGGAAUAUCGAAGUUCUAUGAUGGUAAAUCAAAGUCUUUCACAAGUCUGUCUGAAGCAUCCUCUUCUCCCUCCAUUAAAGACAUUGCAAAACCUGAGAAUAUGUAUACCAGGAAACAGAGGAAUUUACUUGCUUUCAGUCAUGCUUGGGAAAAGAACAGGAGUUUUCCUUGCCGAAGUGGGAUAGCAAAGAGACCAAUUAGCUCUAGCAAAAGCACAUUGGCUUUAGGCGUUGCCAUGAGCAGCUCCGAAAGCAUCAGUAGCACUAGUGAGGAUUCAAAUUCAACUUCAGCUUCGAAGUCUCCCCCACAUCUUCCACCUUUGCAUCCAAAAUCCAGGGCUUCUCAUAACAAUCUAGCCUCUUUGCCAUCCCCACGACAAAGUUUUUCUCCCUGGCGGUCAUUCUCUUUGGCUGAUUUACAACAGUGUGCCAUGGUAAAUUCUUAUUGUGAAAAAACUGAUCACUAA